UCUAACAAUGUUUACACCGAAAAUGGCGGACAUUCUUCAAACUUGAAAACUAAUCGCUCGCUUUUAUUGAUGAUUAGUUAGAGAAGACGACUCAAAACUAGGCUUGAGUGGUAGACAUUGCAACUAUCAGCGCCUGUUUGGGAUGAAGAUAUAAGAAACCCCCACCUACAGUCGAUUAAUCAGCACAGUCAGGUAAAAAAGCAAGAUGCCGCCAUUGGAAUGGGACCGAGUAAUGGCAGCUGCGCCAGAGAAAAUCUCUGAGGAUGAGAUAGAGGAAUUCUAUGAAAGCUUUGUAGCAUAUAAUCCUUCUGACCAAAGUGAUCCAGAAAAACUCAGAAAACUGUUUGAAAUCAGCAAAACUGUGAUGAAAACAAAAAAUGAAUCGAUUGAAGAAACCAUACAGAUGUUUGAGAAAGAGACAGUUGAAUCACAGAAAAAGGAGGAAUCACAAAAUAAGGAAAUCGAAAAAUUGAAGAAAAAGAUUUCAGAUUUAGAGAAAUUUGGUCCGGAGUCUGGUGCUGGUACAGCUAGAGGAGCCCAGGGCGCUCUCCGAGAACAGGUAACCGACUUGGAGAGACGGAAAGAGGAACUGGAGCAAGAUGUUAAAGAUCUGCAGAGAGAUCUGGCCAGUGAGAAACGAGCAGCUGAGAAGUACAGCGAGAGAAUCAGCGAGCUGGAGAAGAUGCAGAAAGACAUGAGAGAUGAGAAUGACCAGCUGCGCCAGGAUAUUAGUGAUUAUAAGAUGCAGAUGCAGUCGCAAAAAGACAACUUAGUGUCCAAGCGUGGAGAUGAGAUUGAGUUCCGUGACAAGUUGAUGAAGAAGAACCAUGAGAUGGCCGAGGCUAUGGAGGAGCUACAAAAUCUAACUGAUGCUAAUGAGAUGUAUGCCAAGAAGAUCGAGGAACUGGAAAUGAGGAUGAAGGAAGCCAUACUUGACAUGGAUCGUACUCGAGAGGACAAUCUCAAACUCAGGAAAAACCUGCAGGAGAUUGACAAGGAUACUGACAAAGUCCGCCAUGAAAAUGAAGUCCUUAAAGCCCAGGUACAAGAUCUUAAUGAGCAAGUGCAGUCGAAGACAGAUGCUGAUGACGCUAUCAUGGUGGCCGUUAACAUCAAGAUCGAAGAGUGGAAGGCUAUUUUAUCAGAGAAAGAUGAAGCCAUUGUUGAGUUUCAAGAGCAGGCGAUUCACCUGAGAGAGCAGCUAAUUGCAGCUAACAUGGACGCUGACAAAGCAUCGGUCGCGGCUCUUACUACUGUCAUUAAGGAGAAAGAUAAACAGAUAGAGGAUCUCACUGAGAAAAUCAAGGCAUACGUGGAUGAGAUGGAGGCCAAUACCGCCCUGGUCGAGGAUCUGAGAAACGAACUCCAUAAAUCUGGUGCAGGGCCGGGUGACCGACAACUACACAGGAUAAGGGAGCUACAAAAUGACCUAGAGUAUGAACGGAAAAAACUAUCUGAAGUAAACAGCGAUAUCAAAAUGGCUGAGAGAGAUGCACGAGAAAAAGACAAAGAACUCAGUGAUGCUUUGGAACGGAUGAGGAAGUAUGAGGCUGGAGAGUAUGGACUUGCUGAAGCUGUCGGAGAGAUCAAGGAAGGCAAGAAUCAGAUCAAAGUCAGGGACAGGCAAAUCGAGGAGCUGACACAGUACAUCAACAAAGUGGAAAUGAAGAUAAAUGAUAUGGAGGAGGAAAAUGAGGAUCUCCGGUACCGACUUGGACUUGACCCUCGGGAGCCUCUUGACCUCACCCAAUUCAGAAAAAAUAAAGCAACCAGAAAAGAGGAAGAAAAAGCUCUGAACUUUAUACUACAACAGGAGGUGGAAAAACUGGAAGAUGAGAGAGUCGUUUUAAAGAAAAAGAUCCGAAAGCUUGCCCAGCAUACAGGACAGAGAGCGGUGGCCCUGGGUCUGACAGCAGAGGAUAUGAUGGCUGUGGCGGACUUCCAGGACGAGCUCAAAGCCACACGAGUUAAACAGUCCGAGGCCACAUCCACGGGGGCACAGAUUAAACGGGAGGUCGAAAGUGAGGAGAUGGAGAUGAGGCACAGGGAGGCUGGGGACGAGUUCCGAGAGAAUAUGCGGGAAAUGGAUAAACUGUACAGGGAGAAUGCUGAGUUCAAGGUUAAAGUGGAGCAGUUGGAAAACGAAAACAGACAACUGGAAGGCGGGCUGAAGGAGGUCCUCGAAAAUCUCCAGAAGUACAAACCUGAUGAACAGGGUAUGGAGGAUCAGGCCAUGCACUUCCCUACACUAGAGAGGAUGCUGGCGGCAAUUGAGGCCAAGAGUGUGAUUGGCAAGUAUGACACAUCACUGUACCUAAAAGCACAGGUAGAUAAUCUUCAAGGGCGUAACGAUGAGAUCAGGGCGGAACUUCGGGAGACGAGACACGAAGCAAAUAAAGCCAGGAUGGAGGUGGAGAAAAGUUUGGAGAAGAUUGAACAGCUGGAAGCUGAUUUAAAAGCUGCUAAGGAGGCUGGUGGGGGACCUGGUGUGUUCCAGAAGAUACCUCUCCCUGACUCCAUGGCUAUCACGAGUUCUGAGGUCAUUUCCAGUCUUAACGAACAUUUGAUCACUGUUCUACAGGAACUUUCCUUGAAGGAGGUGGCCAUGAACAAGAUGGAGAAUGCUUUGGAAAACUACAAACGGAAAUUUGCAGUCCUUCGCCACCAACAAGGACUCAUGUAUGCUGACUAUAUCAAGGACAAAAAGGAAUGGGAGAAAGAGACAGAGGCAAUGAGACAACAGAUGAGGACUUUGGGGGCUACACAAGAGGAGGAUAAAGUCAGAAUUCAGGAGUUUGAUAGAUUGAUAGAAACAUUGUCAAAGGAUGAACCAGAGGUAAGAAGACGCCUUUCUGAGAUGACUCGACGGAUCACUGUUUUACGAGUCAACGAGAAGGCAUUGACCCGAAGAUACAACAUCUCUGAAGAGGUUGAAGGUCAACUUAGGAAGGAAAUCAAUCAUUACAAGAAUGAGAUGGCAUCGAUGGAAACUUCUGUGUCGGAGAGACUGGGGUACCUCCAGAGAUUUAAGGACAUGGCAACUUUUAAGAUCUCUGCACUACAAAAAGCUUUGGAGGAUUCAGUGCCUUCUGAGGACCUCGAUAUCACCAAUAAGAAGUUCCACCAGCUGACUGAGAAGUAUCGAGAUGGUUUGGAGAAGGAGAACAGUCUUGUGUCCAAGGCUGAUGUCAUUACAGGACUAGAGGACGAGGUAAUGCGUCUUACAGAGGAUAAUGAUGUACUCAAGAAAACUUUGGAGAUGGAGAAAGAGAAACUGCAUGCCCUUGAGGCAGCCAUGGAAGAUCUCCAUAGAAGAGGUAUAACAGAUGGCACGGAAGUCCGGAGCGUUACCGAUGGUGAUGCCAUUACCAUCUCCAAACGAAUCACAACUCUCGAGAUGAAGGAGCUGAAUGAGCGACAGAGAGCAGAACAUUCUGUCCGCAUGUAUGAACAGCAGAAGAAGGUGCUUCAGGGACUGGACGAACGAAACAAAGACUUGGAAAUCAAAUUUUCUGAGAUCACACAGUCCAACUUGGAAUUACAAAGAAUUGAACGGGACUUGCGAGAUGAGUUAUCAAAAUCUGUGACUAAGUCUGUGAGCGAUGCUGACCGAAAAAGGAUCACUCAGCUAGAGGAGGUAGAGGUCAGCCUCCGUAACGAAAUCUCCAAACUCAAGGAAGUCUGUGAAGUAGCAACAUCCCAGGUGAAAACUCUGGAAACACUGCAGCUGUCACGAGAAAAGGAAAAUAUAUCGUUACGACAACAGUUACUAGAUUUCCAGAUGCAGAGUGAUGAAAAAACAAUUAUAGGAAAGCUGCACCGCCAUAUCGUCCAGCUUCAGGUCAGUGAGGGUACAUCUGUCCGAAGACUUGAGGAGUCCAACAAGCGUGUAACAAAACUAGAGGCUCAGAUCCUUCGUAUGGAGCAGAAACUUGACGAUAAAAACCAGACAAUGGUUCAUAACAAAGCUGAGGCUCAGAACAAAGCUAAACACCUGAAGCGUAAUUUACAGGAAAUGCGUUUGCAGUUUGCUGGAGCUAUACCUUUAUCCAAACAGGAGAAAUUCACAGCAAACAUGAGAAAGCUUCAUCAGGAUAAAACAAAUCUAGAACUGGAGCUCAAACAGGCUCGGGAGAAGAGAGACGCAGUGGAGAACAAACUCUCUGCGGUGGAGCUUCAGCACCGCAGUCUCCAGGACCUGAUCGCUACCCUCAAAGAUGGUCGUGGAGCAGCCAAGGUUGUUGAGUGGCACAGCAAGAUGGAUGCUGUCAGGCUGGAGGAACUCAAACAGAAACGACUCAAUGUGAAACUACAGCAACAGAUUCAUUACCUGGAAGGAAUGAUACGUACAAGCGAGGCCACGACCUCUGACCUAGAGGGGGAGAAUGUGAGACAGACUCAGGAAUUUGAGGAGAAGCAGCUUCGUUGGGAACAGCGUGAGGUAGAGCUAGAGAGGACCAUUGCCAGACUUGAAGACCAAGUGGCCCAGAUAGCUGGAGCAGCUUCUAAGUUUGAAGAGGCGGUCGGUACAUUGCCAGAUGCCAAAUUACCUGUUGCAAAUCAACUGGAGGAGGCCAUAUCCACUAUAAGAGGGAAUGUUAAAAUCAUUCUUGACACUCAGGCCGAGAAUAAGGCUCUAAAAAAGAGAAACACUGAUCUUGAGAAACAGCUUCAUGAGUCUGACAAGACAAUCCUGGCUCGGGAUAGACUGGUAGCUGAUCUUCGUCUCCGCCUUCCAGCCUCCGCAGACAGGGAUGAGAUGAUUCUCAAAACCACCUCUAAAAUUACUGAAUCUAUGGCAAAACCUCAGAAGGAUAAAGAAUACGAGAGUGAACACUCCAUCAGGAUAGCACAAUCCACCAUCUCAAGUCUGCAGGCAAGACUUCAACAAAAGGAGGAGACAAUAGCUAAAUACCAGGAGCUUUUGAAGCAGGCACGAGAGGACAUGCUGGAGAUGAAUCGUCGCCAUGACAAAGACCUGAAAGAUAUGCAGCACAAGCUUCACCUCAACACAGACACUGCCUUCAACAAGUUCAAGGAUGCAGCCCGUGACCUUAUGGCAAAACAACUAGCCCAUCCUAUGUCUAGUAAACAGCUGGCACGUUUGAAUGAGCUUGAGGACCUAUUGGCAGAACAGGACAAUGCCAUGGCAGCCAUGAGUGAGAAGAUCCGUCAGAGAGAUGAAGAGAUCGCCAGUUUGAAGUCGCGUCUUCAUAUUGAUUCUCGUAGUCACAAUGUGGAGCGGGAACGAAUGACCGAGGAGACAAAGACCGAGAUACAUGUCAGAGAACGAGAAGUGGAGGAAUGUCACCGACAGAUCGACCACCACAAAAAAGAAGCAGAUUUGCUUCGGGAAGAAAUUGAUGCAUUGAAGGAACAAAACAAUAGAGCACCAACCACCACCAUGAAAAAUCUUGUAGAUCGACUCAAGAACCAACUGGCCCUAAAGGAGAAACAACAUCAGGCUCUGAGCAAGGCCCUGACAGAGUUGAGGGCAGAUAUGGUCCAACAAGCACAAGCCACUGUGACUCAACAAGCUCAGGAUUCAGCACAGGAAACCAACAUACAGAAACUUAUAGAUUCUCACACCAAGGAAAUGGCAGACCAAAUAGAAGACCUUCAAAAUGAAGUUGACAGAUCGAAAAAGGAAGUGAAAAAGAGGAAGGACCAAGAAUCUAAUCUACAGACGGAAUUAGAUGAUACGAGAGAGGAGAUGUCAAGAAAAGACCGUAAUUUACAUAGAAUUAAAGGAGAUAAGCACCGCUUGGAACAGGAAGUUGAAGAGCUCGAAAAGAAGGUUGAACGCAUGAGUACAAUGAAAACACAGAAAUCUGGAGACAAUGCUAGACAGCAGGAGUAUGAUGAAAUGAGACGCAGAGUACGACUCCUGGAGGAUGAGCUGAAACGAAAACAGCAGCAACCAGAGAAGCCGUACGAACGCCAGAAAGAGGCUCCUGCACCCGCAAAGGUCACUCCAAGAGAAAAGUCGGAUGAAAUGAUCAAAUGGGAGGAGAGUAAGAAAUGGCAGAAGACUGUAGAAAAGAUGAAAGGAAAAGUUAGAGAGAAAGAAGGGGAAGUCGAGAAGAUGCAAAGGACAACACAGAUGCUCAGAGAUCAGCUGGACAGAGCCCUACGUGAGAAGGAGAGCUUGGAAAGGAAAAAUUUUAACCUACAGAGGGCAGCAGCAGCGGCUCCUGUAGGACAAAAAGGGUCAUCAGGGGGGCAUGGCAAGGCAGAUCAUGAAAUGGAGGCUCUCCGCACCAAGAACUUUCAGCUCCAAGAAGAGGUGUCGAGUCUCCGUCAACAGCUGGCUUUGGGGAAGGAUGCUGCUUUCCAGGAGCUGCAAGUGAAAAACACUUACCUAUCACAGCAGCUGGAGCAGAUGGAACAGGUGGUGGCACACAAGUCUUCAGUCACGACGGCAGACCCAAGUCAGACUGCCUCCCCCUUUGGUGCCAAGGAGUACCAGGACUUGUUUGAGAAAAAUCAGAACCUACAACGACAAGUUCUUACUCUGUCAGAGGAAAAUAUUGAACUCAAGUUUGAAUCCGAACAGCUGAAAAAGGAUACACCUAGACUUAAGGAAAGAAUCAAAGAUCUACAGAAAUAUGUGGAAGCUUUGAAGUUGGAGAACUCUCAACUUGGUGGCAACAGUACGACACGAUCGCUAGAUUCUUCUGGCUCUAGUGGCGUACGAAGGAUUGGAGACAGUGGUAAAAGUACUCGUGAACUAGAGAAAACAGUUGCACUUCUUAAAAAGGUGGUGGAACGGGUCCAGACUGAAAAUGAACAGCUGAAACGUGGAUCAAAUGCUGCCACGCAGCUCACUAGCCUCAAACUGGAAAAUGAUGGACUCAAGUCCCAGCUCGAUGAUCUGCGACAGAAGAUGGGCGCCACACUGAGCGAGAGGUAUAACACUACCCAGAAAGGGACUGCCAAGAUGAUGUCAGAUUACGAAAAGAUGAGGAAGGAUCUGAUAAAGGAAAUGGAGAACAAUGAGAAGUUGAGAGUAGACAUCCGUAACCUGGAGUUACAGAAGGAACAGAUGGGUGCCCAGUUGAGUGAGGCACGGUCAAUGUCGGCUACAGGUGGUGAUAGGCCCUCAAUGCAAACCACCAUGGAUUCCAAAGGCUGGAAGUCAGCCGUGGUCACACGCAUGUACGAGGGAAAGCUCAAGGAUAUGGAGACAGAUGUUAGCAAAAAGAAUAAGAUGUUGGAGGAUAUGAAAUCCCUACUGAAGGAAGCAGCAGAGAGAGAACAGUUACUACUACAGGAGAGGGACGGUCUCAAACAACAGUUGGCAAUUCUGGAGCGGUUCCCUGCAGGUGGUCAGAAAGCUGGGGGUGGAGUAGCAAGGCAAAACCAACAUCUCAGGCUAAAAGUUGACAGAUUAGAAAAUGAGAAGAAGGAAUUGAAUUACCAGCUACAACUUUUAAGACAAGAAGGCGAACAGCCAAGUGAAGAAAUGUUAGCUAAAAUCAGCGCCUAUGAUCGUCUGAUGAACGAGAAUGUGGAACUCAAGAUGAAUCUCAAGAAGAUAUCGACAGAAAAAGACAGACAGAGACUAGAGACAGAGAGGUUAAAGAAGGAGCUGGACAACUUCGGCCCAGACUUCUUUGAGGAGGUUGAAGACUUGAAGUAUAAUUACAAACAGUCGGUGGAGAAAAACGUUUUAUAUGAGGAAAAACUACAGCAGUUGUCACAACAGUUAGGCAUAGAUAUCACAAUACCGGGGAUACACUGACAAAUGUGAUACAAUAUUCCUCCUAUGUGUUGAACGCUUUGCCACAGUGAAGAUGUUACCUAUGAACUGUAUGGUUAUUUACAAAACAGUGUAGCAAAUAUCAACUCGUACAUGAUUUUAGAAAAUUAUUUCUCAUUACCAGAAAUAAUCUUCACUACUUAGUUAAUACAUGAAACAUUAAAAUUAUAACAUUAUAAAGUUCUCUGCGGACAUUGUCCAGUUUUGAAGAAAAGACAAGAAAAUAAUUCUGCUAGCUUUGUUUAUUCUUCAAUCAUUACAGAAAACUUUCUCCUCAGCUAGCAUAUUGUGGAUUUUUUAAUCAUUAUAGGAAAAUAGUCAGGACAAGACUGAGUGUUAUGGCAGCUCAAAGAAUCUUUCUGUGGGGGUUGAAAUCAGUUUGUCUCACCCAAAGGAGGAAACGUGUUGUCCAUUAUUGAACAACUACAGAAAAAGUUCUCAACAAGCAUUGCUUGCUAUAAAAUGAUAUCAGGAAAACACUUGCUAGAAAGCUGUUUUUAUUAUUUUAUAUAACUUGUGUUUGUUAGGAAAUUCUCUAGAGCAUAACAGUGUGUGUGACAAUUGACCCUACCCAGGGUGCAAUGUGUUUGGUAUCUGUGAUAUUUGUAGAAUCUUUAUAUGUUUCCACCUAUAAUAUAUGACCAUUUACAUUUGUAUAUACAUUUUGUAUUUAUAAUUGAUAUUAACUUUAUCUCACUCCAUCCCAUAUUAAAAAUUUAUUAUCAGGGUUUCUCCAAUAUGAAUACAGUGUUACAAUAUUGUAUUGUAUAUUGAUUUCCAUAUCUUAAAUACUGGAACAUGUACCUUACCUACCAAAGUGUACUAACCCAUGCAUUUCUUCUUAAUCUGAGAAAACUGAAAUUGUGUAUAGAGUACCUUAUAAACUCAUAUGAAAUAUAUGACAAAUGAAUUUUUGCCACCUAUAUUAUUUUUUACAGAAGAAAGCUGGAAGAUUAAUAAUUCAUUUGGCCAUUUAAGUUGUAUUCGCUUUCAUGAAGUGUUACCUGUGUCUGAUAUAGAAUAGGAAGGAGGCAUGUGCUUGUGUAAUUAAUUAAAACAUUAUAUUAUAGAUUUUAUAGAAAUAAAGCCUCUUUCAGGACUUACCUAAUAUUUCUUAUACAUAUAAUCAUUCAAAUCAUCCCUUUAGUAAAGAUGAGCUAAUCUGGAGGGAAUCCGUCCAAGAAGUUUACUAGAUGAUAGAUCUGAUCAAGUGAAUUAGUGCUUUGAUUCAUAUUUUGUAAAUUUAAAAAUAAAAUGUAGAGAAUU